AUUUAUGACCACGGGAAAACUCAAGUGUGUAAGUCUUCUUUAGCGGAGCCAUUAUUACGUUACUGAAGAUAAUUUCAUUCAAAUACUUUCUGUGCGAGAUCGUCCUGAGUGGAAUUCAUUUCUUACAUGGCGGUUUGAGCUGAGCAAAGAACCUGUUCAUCCAUGCGCAAACUGGACUUGUUUACUUGUAGUUCCCGGGCGUGGUGACCUGUCAUAUAGAAGAUGGUUCAUCGGCCGAACAUCGCUGUUGUACGGUUGUUGGUGUUUGCGGCAUUCGGUGCACUAGAAACUCUGGCAGCUUUUUGUGAAGCAGACGAGCCAUGCCGUCACGUGAUCAGGCCCGUGGGUGCCCUGUUGCCCCACACCCCAGACCAGGGUGUAUUUUGUCAGUGUCAGACUGGGGUCUGCCCGGACACUGCCACCAACCCGGACAAGUCUGUUAGCUGGUUCAUGGACUCUGAACAAGGGAGAACAAUGGUCGUGGAAACAUCUUUUUGCACACCAAGAGUCCCGAAAAAGCCGUGCUCCCGUGGCCUAACGGCAGUGUCGGCCGUGGGUUUCUCUCCUUUUAAUAUCACUGUCAAGGACAUGAAGUGUCGAUGCCGAAUCAUGGUGAGACGAGGACAACGCACGCGACAACCGCUUAAACAACAGGUGGUGGCACAAAACCUCCACACAGGAGAGUACACCUACAAGUUUACCUGCUUCACGCCCCCUUGCUCAUCAGCAGAACCCACGAAGAGUUUGUGUGGGCGUGUCUACUAUAACCAUGCCUACGGCAUCUUGCGUACAGUGAGCAUGUGUCGAUGUCCUCCGGGUUACAUGUGCCCACAUGAUAUGCGGCUACCCGACCAGACGUCUCCUAAAGAUAGCAAGGGCUACGGUUUUGCUCCCAUUCACUGUAGAAAGAUAGUACAAAAUGUUGUUAAGAAAACCAAGCCUAAGUCUGGACAAAAUCCUGCGCCUGGAAAUGGAGAAAAUUCCGUACAGGGAACCGGAAAGGUUUCGCAAAGCGCAGCAAAUAGAGCUGAACAUGCGAGUUCCAGUAGUCAAAAGUUUCGAUCGUCAUCCGGACAAAGGAUUUCACAAGGGUCUGGACAAAAAUCUGGCACAGGCGUUGGGCAAAAAUUUCCUCCAGGAGAACGAAUGGGACAAAGGAUUCCGCAAGGAGGAUCGCAACUAGUGCCAAUAGCUCAGGGAAAAAGAGUACCUGGAGGAAUGGGACAAGGCGGCUCGCAAAGCGUUGGACAAAGAUUUCCGAUAGGAUCCGGACAAAGGGUCCCUCAAGGAGUACGGCAAGGUGGUUCGCAAACCGUUGGACAAAGAUUUCCUAUAGAUUCUGGACAAAGAGUUCCAAUAGAUUCUAGACAAAGAGUUCCAAUAGAUUCUAGACAAAGAGUUCCAAUAGAUUCUAGACAAAGAGUCCCAGUUACAUCGGGACAAAGAUUUCCAAUAAAUUCUAAACAGAGAGUUCCAGUAGAUUCUAGACAAAGAGUACCCAUAGAUUCUAGACAACGGUUUCCAGUAGUAUCAGGACAAAGAGUUCCAAUUACAUCAGGACAAAGAGUUCCAAUUACAUCUGGACAAAGAGUUCCAAUUACAUCUGGACAAAGAGUUCCAAUACGACCGCCACAACGAGUCCCAACAGACUCUAGACAAAUAUUUCCAAUAGACUCUAGGCAAAGAGUUCCGAUAAAUUCUAGAGAAAGGGUCCCAAUAAGAUCAGGACCAAAGGCUCCAGUAACAUCGAGACAAAGAGUACCCAUUGGAUCGGGACAAAGAGUUCCUGUAGGAUCGGGAGAAAGAGUGCCCACAGGAUUGAGACAACGCGUUCCAAUCGGAUUGGGACAAAGGGUUCCAAUCGGAUCGGGACAAAAAGUUCCGGUAGAAUCUGGACAAAGAAUUCCGAUAGAAACUGGACAAAGGGUUCCAAUCGUAUCAGGACAAAGAGUUCCAGUCCGAUCGGGACAAAGGGUUCCGGUAGAAUCUGGACAAAGAAUUCCGAUAGAAUCUGGACAAAGGGCUCCGAUCGUAUCAGGACAAAGAGUUCCAAUCGCAUCGGGACAAAGAGUUCCAAUAGCAUCGGGACAAAGAGUUCCAAUAGCAUCGGGACAAAGGGUUCCGGUAGAAUCUGGACAAAGAGUUCCGGUAAAAUCUGGACAAGGAGUUCCAAUCCGAUCGGGACAAAGAGUUGUGUCCGGCGGUGAUGAAAAAGUCGGACCGGAAGUUAAAACAAGUGUUGAUGACCCAAAAGCUCCCGAAGGAGGAGAGCAACAGGUAGGGACAGGGGUUGGACCGGAGGACGGGAGUAGGUUCCCACAAGGUGUGAGACGAAGACGACCAGGAGCAAGGAGACGACUUCCACCCGGCGCACGAAGAAGGCUACCGCCGGGCGCACGGAGAAGACUUCGGCCAGGCGCACGACGAAGACUUCCACCCGGUGCACGCCGAAGACUUCCACCUGGCGUACGGCGGAGAACGGUGCCUCCUUGACGUUUGUAGUUAAUGUGAAAAAUAGCCAGGAAUUCACGAUGACAUUAUUAUGUACACACCAUGUGAUCACGGCUGCUUCAAGUUGCAUCAGAUCUUGUAAACAUCUGGUAUAUACACGUCUGUACAUAUCGCGCAUGACUUCGCCAACACCUUGGCGUGUACUCUUUCUUGAUAUUUAAAAGAAAUAUUUCAUGUUAUAAUGAAAACAAAGAUUUUUUACACAUGCUGGUCGAAUAUACCUGUAAAUAUAUACAUUUUAUAAUACAUGGGUGGCCUCCGUGGCCUAGUGGUCAUCGUGGAACAUAGAGCCUCUGGUCAAUAUGAUCAGCUCAUGUUGGCUUCCUCUCCCGUUGUACGUUGGAAGGUUUUGCAGCAACCUGCGGAUGGUCGUGGGUUUCCCCCCGGCUGUGCCGGUUUCCUUCCACCAUAAUCCGGUCGCCGUCGUAUAAGUGAAAUAUUCUUGAAUACGGCGUAAAACACCAAUCAAAUAAAUAAAUAAAUACAUAAUGUGUAUGUGUAUGUUUCUCGGUUAUCCACAUUGUCCACUUUACAAGCUGCUCUUCUUUCGGACCAGUGCAAUGGUUCUGCAAGAUCUGUGGUUUACACCGGACACUCUGGUUUCCUCCACCGCUAAAGCUGACCGUCAUCUUAUAAGUAGAAAAUUCUUCUCGUAUGGUGUUAAGCAACAAUCUUAUAAAUAAAUUAAUAAAUAAAUAAAU